UUCAUAUGCCUUGAAAGUCCAUUGAUCAUGGCGUAGGACCAGAUAGCUUUGAGAGCAGAUCACUCGCUCGAAGGCUGACUUCUGUAUCGUGAGCUAGGUGCAACACACCAUGACGACAGAUAUUGAGCCACCGAAAUAUCCUCUGGUCAUUUUACAGCCAUGUCCAACGCAUGUACCAGAUCUGACUCUCCUGAACCGGAUGGUGAAGCGGAUCUUGUCGACGGACGAAGAGUACAGCGUGACUUUCUCUCCCUUGGUCUGUCCAGUCGAUAAAAGGUACUUAUUCAGCCUGAAGCCAUAUUACUGGGAGGUGCAUCCGGGAAACUGGGAACCGCGGGAUGGCCAGCGGAAUCCAUGUUGUGAUCUACCUCAGGGGCAGAAUCAGCUCGAAAAAAUGGCCACAAACGUGUAUAUCUUGACGCUGGGCGUCAAACACCUGGAGAACUCGAUCUCCGAAGCUUGUCUAGACAGAAUCCAACAUCUCUUGACGGUCUUCUUCUUGGAUUCAGAGAAUGGAAUGCUUCCUCAGGUUCCGUACGCCCAAUGCGUUCCAGGAGAAGAGUCACCAAAGGGCACAUUACACUUCAUCAUCGCCGUUCGAUAUCUCUUAAUUGUCUCACAGAUAAUACAACAGGCAUCCUUAUCGCCACCAUUGGACACCAGCCUGAGAUCCUGGUUCUCUCAACAUGUCGUGUGGAUGAAGAAUUCCGAUCUUGGCAAAGCAGCUGCUACGCAUUGUGAUGGACCAUUAGGCAAUAACGUGGCCAUGUGGUAUCAUGCAGCCCUCUUCAGCCAUCUUUCGUAUCUCGAUGUUGCAGCCUCAGUCACCCAGUCUCUGUCUCACUUCCUUCAACGCAUUCUUCCUCUGCGUCCUCCCGUCUUCUUCGCUAGCGAACUAGCACGCACAAGGCCUAGACAUUACACGGUUUUCAUGCUCGAGCCGACGUUCAUCCUAGCCGAUCUGACCUCUCCUCCUGGCCAAUCACCGGAUCAGCGCGUCCUGACGUAUCUGGAUGCACUGUUAGACUUUGCGGACACUAUCAAGCCUGGUCCGAUUGAGGGGAAGGUGGACAAUGAUCAACGGUUCUUUGCCAAGCUUGCGUGGUUCAGGAAGCGCUUGUCAGUCUGGAAGGGCCACGCAUCCUCUCUCCGCUUGGAUGAUAGUCUGUGGGAAGGAGGUUGGAACUAAUUUGCUAAACUGCUCUGGAGCGCGAUCUGAGAUCCGAGCUCAUUAUAAUUGUCGUGCAUA